UGUGUAAAGUGCGUGGAUGUUCCGUGAGCUUACACUGAAUUAUUUCACUUUCAUCUAGUAAGGUGUGGCUUGGAUUGGCGAUAAUUUAUUCAUUGUCGGUGCACAGCAUAUUUUAAUCAAGGUCCUCUGAGAUCGCAGGGCAUUUGUUAGUAUGUGCUGAUGUGCACCGAGGCCACAAAGUAUUCCAGGAUCGUUGUAAGACMAGUGUCAUCAUGAUUACUAGCGCAUCAGUGUUGUGUUGUAAUAUGUUUUUUGAUCAUAACAACGUACAGAGGGGACCCACUGUCUUAGAGUCGCGUCAAGAACUCAUGUCAGAAAGUCUUACCGAGGACAUCUACGCUCCUUCACUACAGAAUGAUGAAAUGUGGAAGAAAUGUGCGAUCCCGACUCCACCGUACUCACCCGAGACUUACACUGGUCAGACGAACAAGACCCACAUGUUUAACCAUCAUCAUCAAAACCUACAAGUAGUUCCUGACGACUUUCCAGAAGAUCUCUCGUCUGAUCUCCCAAUGGUMCUCUCAGAUGCUGAAAUGGAAAGACUAACAUCYAGCGCUUUAGGUAACAACGACUUUGUCUGGUCCGAACCUGAUCUCACAGAGCCAAAUUCUAUUCCUGCAAUGCGGCCUUCUAUUAUUGACAACGUAAGGGAAUCACCGAUUUACGCACAAAAACACUACCGCGAUUUUCAUCCUUAUCCACAACAGCUUCCCAUUCAAGAAAACUGCAUGAACCAACAACAUUCUCCACAAAAUUGGUCUCCCUACUCAGUAGAGGGCAAUCCUUCCCAAGGCAUUUCAUGCAUCAGGCCACCCCUCCAGCAAGACGAGUUUGCACCGCCGAGAUAUGACAGCGUCAACACCAGUUGCAAAAGAACCAGAAAACCGAGACGCGGCAGUCGAAAUUCUCCACAACGUCAAGAAACACCCGAAAACGAGGACUCUGAGGACAGUGAAAUAAGCCGAGCAACGCACAACGUACUCGAAAGACAACGGCGCGAAGAUCUCAAAUGCCGUUUUCAGCUUUUAAGGGACUGUAUUCCUGAAUUAGAAGAAAAUGAGCGAGCUCCAAAGGUAGCUAUACUCAAAAAAUCACGCGAGUACGUUCAUCAGUUGAUUUUAGAGGAACAGAGACUGUGCGCCGAUAAAGAACUUGAGCGUCAACGAAGACUGAUUCUAUUAGAACGUCUACAUAUGCUGCGGAAUGGAUAUCCGAUGAUAUAACUAUGAUAUUGUAUAAAUCUCCCUCUACAGAAUUCCAAGAGUUCACAUGUAUAGAAUCCCCCCUACUGCAACAGUCUAGAGACAUGACGUUUUACAUUUAUUUCUUAGUGAAAUUAAUUUUGAAUUCAAUCACAAUGCAAAUAUCUCCCCUAUUGUCUACAGCAUUUCUAUAGAAAACAAGACCUCCAAAUUCUUCAAUUUACGGACAUCCWAAGGCAAAGUACAAAGUGAUUCGCUCUAAGGAAGCCUUAUUCAGUUUCAGUGUGUCUUUUUUCCGAUUUUAUUGCCAAACUCGUUCCUUGUCAUUUUUGUCAAAACUCAGGGUGUGACAGGCGUUAUCUGUCUUUUAUUCAGAAUUUUCUCUUUUGCUUUGCUUCUUCUCGUUGUUUAAGGUUUGUUUCUUAGCGCAGUUUGAGUUUACAGAUCGUUUGCUUUAGUUCAAAGUAGUUUAUUUUCCAUUUUGUUGUGGAGCUUGACGCCGUCAAGUUCUUUUGUGUGAAUGCGGGUGAUUACUGUUCUACCAGGUGCUGUUAACUAAAUUGAUGCAUGUUGUUGUCUAAUUAUUCAAACUUCUCAAUCAAAAAUACACUUAAAACUAAUACAUUCAGCCAUAUCAACAAGCUCUGUCAUAUCCCGGUUUUAAGAAUCUGCAAAAAGCACAARCSUUUGAAAGGCAACGCCUUUUGAAGUGAAAAAGCUUUGUAUUUUGACUUUGCCAAWCGACUAUUCAAAUGAGACGAGACACACAGUUCAAUCAAAGGGUUUGGUCUGUACUUCCGAUUUUAACCGAGUUGUGUUUAAUUCAGACCCACCUUCGACUGUCAGUAUUUGUAAAUCAAUCGAAUAUAUGACACUUUUUACGAGUCAUGAAGGAAUCAUUUUUUUUAAUUUGGAAUAUCUUUUCUUUGUUAAUAUAAUAAUUCAUUUAUUUGAAGCUUAGUUUCAAGUCAAUUUGAAAUUACUUAUAUUUUUAUGGUGAAUUAUUGGYUAUCUCAGGAGAUGCCAUCAAUUUAAACAUAUGAACAAAACUUGUCUGGAAAACUAGUUCAUUAUUUCAAUGGCCAUCAAAGCCUAUUCGUAUAGUUUACGAACAAAUUCAUGUUGUAUAUGUAUAUAUUAUAUAUAUUAAGAUCAGACAGACCUAAAAUGUAUAAUUGCAGUACCCAAAGUAGUUUAGUAAAAUAUUAAUAGCUAAAUCAUCCAAAAAUGUUAUAAUAAAAGAUCAAGAUAUUUGUAUAA